AUGAAUACCCCAGAAAUAAUCCAAAACCAAGAAAACCUCUAUGGAAUACCUCCACCACCGUAUGAAAUAGCCGUUACACUAACAAAUAUAUCGUACACGUACACUCCACCACCUAAUUAUCAUGAUAUAGUCAGUGGUUAUAUCGAUCCACGCCCAUCCAUUAACCUUAAUAAUAUACUGCCAAAUAUUCAAGACGAGUUCAGUCACAUUAAUGACCCUGAGUGUACCACUGUAACAGUAAAUAACCAUGUGUAUUAUGAUAUAUCCGGUAUGACCAUGUUACUAAUAUAUAAUAUACCACUGUAUAUAAUAGGACCGUAUAUAUAUACAGUACUAUUUAAUCAUAUAUCAGCUAUACUUAAUACAGGCACUAAAACAUUCCCAUUAGGAUUAGAUUAUAAUGAUACUUAUAUUAUACUAUCAUACGGUGUAUUACUUAUAUUCUACUUAAUUAUACGGUCGGUUAUUAUGUUUAUAUUAGGAUAUUUCAGUUAUUUAUCUAUAUUUAACAUAAAUAUAUCUGCUAAUUUAUCAUUUAUUACUAAUAUGAUUAUAAUCAUAAUGAAUAUAUUCAUAAUACGUAUUAUAUAUAUGAUAUACAGUAUAUGUGAUAUAUCAUAUAAUAUGUAUAUACAGUAUAUUAUACUAUUAAUAGUAUACAGUAUAAUAUUAAAGUAUUACAUAUAUAAUAUAUACAAGAAUAUAGCCAAAUACAGCAUAUGUAAUAGGAGACUAAAUAAUAGAGGACUAAGUAAUGAUAUGAGUGUGUAUACUAGUAGUAAUAUAGAUAGUAGUAAUACGAUGGGUAGUACUGUAUAUGAUACAAGUACAGGUAAUACUGAUACUGAUAGGUAUACUAGUGGUACUGUAUAUACCACUGAUACAUCUGAUACAUCUGAUACAUCUACUUAUAUUAUUAAUGGUAUUAUUAGUAUAAUACGUAUACUGAUUAAUAUACUAGGUAUAAUUGGGUGUACUACUCUUAUAUAUGAUAUAGUAUACUGUAUAUACAGUAUAUAUAUACUUAAUUGAUUUUAUAUUUAGGGUAUGCGGUAUUUAAUAAAUCCCCAUCUAAGUACUCUAUGCAUGUGACAGUGGUUAGUGUACCCCUUAUUAUAGGUAUUAUACUUAAUAAUACUCCCAUACCGAAUACUAAUAUAGCUGUAGUGUAGUCACUAUAUUUAGUACUAUUCAUAUUUAUAAAUCCAUAGUAUAGUAUACAUGAUAAUGUAGUAUAUAUAAUACUGAAUAAUAAAGGGAAUACUCCCACUGAUAUUAAUCUGUUAUAAUAAUUACUACUCUUGUAUGCACUUAAUUGGUCUACUGCUAAUUUCAUGGAUGUACUAUACUUUGUACCGUAUAAUGCAUUAUACACUAAUGCAUAUCCAUUUAAUUGGUCUAUUGUUAGUGAUAAUAAUUCCAGUAUAAUUAACACUAUAAACCCAACAAUCAGUAUAAGGAGUCUAAGUGCACUAUUGUUCCUAUUACUAUCACUCCUUGACUCUAUGAAAUUCUCACUGAUUUCUUGUAUUAUGUAUACUACUGCCCCUAAUAAUGAUGCUAUAAAUAUAGUACCCGUUGAUAAUAUUACUCUACUUAUACUUACUAUAAGUACAUUCUUAUG